CCAAUAGAAUACCUGAAAUAAGUGACAAUAUCUAUUCCCUUGACAAUGCUAUGAAAGCAGGAUACGCAUGGACCUACGGACCAUUUGAAUAUUGGGAUAUGAUCGGAUUGGCAGAAGGAAUCGCCCUUGCCAAAUCUUUUGUACCACAACUAGACCCAAAAGAAAUUGACGACGUCAUCGUAGGUUGUGCCAAUCCUGAAGGCGAACAAGGACUACAAGUUGGUAGACUUAUAGCUGCUCGUGCACUAGAUGAAGGCGUGAGAGCAGACACCACACUAGAAGGAUUGUCCAAGCUAAAACCUGCAUUCAAGCUAGGUGGUACAUCUACAGCAGGCAAUUCAUCACAAACAUCUGACGGAGCCGCUUUUGUCCUAGUGAUGAGCGAAGAAAUGGUAGUUGUUGAAUUGGACAAAACUGAUGCAGACACAAUCAAACGUAUCACCACAGGUGCAGGCAUAAGUAUCACUGGACAACUCAUAGAGUCUCAAGGCAAAGGAAGUGACGCCGAAGGAGCAGGAGAAAUGUUUCAAGUGACUACCUUGGACAUGAACAAUCCACCACGAAAAGAAGAUGGAAGUAUCAACUAUAAAGAAGAUUUUUUUGGCAAAGCGACCAAUCUGACUGUAUCUGGACAAUUGGAAGCAGAAUUAGCAGCCUUAGCUUUAGGGAGAGUGUAUACUUUUGGUCCUACAUUCCGAGCUGAAAAAUCUAAUACAACAAGGCACCUUGCAGAGUUCUGGAUGAUGGAACCUGAGGUAGCGUUUAAUGAUCUUCAUGACAAUAUGGACUUGGCAGAAGAUAUGUUGAAAUACCUGAUACAAUAUGCACUUGACAAUUGUGCUGAAGAUUUGGCAUUUCUUGAGCAAAGACUUAUAGAUGACGAAAAAACCAAGCCACAAACUGAGCGAUCAGAA